AAACAUCGGAGGAGUGUAAGGUCGGUUUAAAUUCAUCCAAACGGCAGUCGAUCCACGUCGCUUGAAUAGUGUGCAUACUCGAUAAUUUUAUAAGCUCACUACAGCUCAGUAUUAAGUGUAAUUAGUAACGCGAAGAGUAAACAACAAUAGGUGAUUGUAGAGAAAAAAGACUCGUGUUUUAUCGCUAUGAUAACUUAUUACGUUUUGUUUAUCGUAAAUAUGCGAUAACUUGUUAACACACAAGGAUAUUUAAUUAUUUAGCUAAUUAUUGUUAAAUUGCCUUCGGCAGAACUGUAACUAAUUUCGAAGAGUGUAACACUAUUUUUUGAACGAUGUUUCUCGGUUUUUUUGUAUGGUUUAGCAUUUCUUUGAGUGUCAGCGCGGGACCGGUGAAGCAAGAAUGGAAAUUGCAGAUUGUGCAUACUAACGAUAUGCACUCGAGAUUUGAGGAAACUUCUGCAUUAUCCACACGAUGCUUGCCGAAAGACAGGGAAAGCGGGCAUUGUUACGGAGGGUUCGCGCGGCUAGUGACACUAGUGCGGAAAGCGAAGAAUUCCAGCACGCCGACGCUGUUUCUGAACGCCGGAGACACCUACCAGGGCUCGGUGUACUACACGGUUCACAAGUGGAAGAUCGUCGCCAAGUUUCUGAACCUGUUGAUGCCAGACGCAAUCUCGUUGGGGAACCAUGAGUUUGACGAUGGGCCCGAGGGCCUGGUGCCGUUUGUGAAUGCAGCAGAGUUCCCGAUUGUUACGAGUAACAUCGAUCUCACUGGAGAACCGGAACUGGCAGCUGCGACGAACCUGAUUAACAGCACUGUGCUUGAGGUUGAUGGCAAAAGGAUUGGUAUUAUAGGGUACCUCACACCCGAGACGAAGGUAAUCUCCUCACCAGGUAAGGUCGUCUUCCUUGAUGAGGUCCAGUCCGUCAGGCGGGAAGUUGACAAACUGAGAGCCAACAACGUCACAAUAAUAAUAGCGCUUGGUCACUCGGGCUUCGAUAUAGACAAAAAAAUAGCCGCUGAAGUAGACGGCGUCGACUUGGUAAUCGGUGGCCAUACUAACACUUUCCUCUACACUGGAAGAAAGCCUGACUUGGAGGCACCAGAGGGACUCUACCCCACGGAGAUUCUUCAGAAAAAUGGACGCAAGGUCUACGUCGUCCAAGCAUACGCCUACACAAAGUAUCUCGGGAAUUUAUCGGUUACUUUCGACGCCGAUGGUGAAGUUACUAACAUUAUCGGCAACCCUAUUCUGGUCACAAACGACAUCGAACAAGCGUCUGAUAUUCUUCAAGAACUAGAGCUGUGGAAAAAGGAAACAGAAAACUUUACACGCAUGGAAGUCGGGUUCUCAAAAGUCCUGUUAGAUGGCAAUGAUAAGAAUUGUCGUCGUCGUGAAUGCAACCUCGGUAAUGUCGUUGUUGACGCGAUGGUUGAAUACAACGCCAGAGAAUACGCCGGUCAAGAAGGAUGGACCGAUGCAGCUGUUGCCAUUCACAACAGUGGCUCCGUAAGAACUUCGAUAAACAAAUCACCUGACGCACCAAUAACAGUUAGUGACAUAAUUGCAGUAUUGCCUUUCAAUAAUGCAGUAGGAAAAGUACAGGUUACAGGAAAAGUUAUUAUCGAUAUGCUCGAGCACAGUGUUCAUACGCUUGAACCAAACGACACUAGUAACCUCUCUGGGCGGUUUUUACACUUUUCGGGCUUACAGGUCGUCUAUAAUUUGUUCAAACCUCGUGGUUCAAGAGUAGUGCGUAACUCAGUAUUAAUACGUUGCUCAAAAUGUCGAAUUCCGCAGUACUAUAAACUACGAGAAGAUGAAACAUACACAGUAUUAAUAUCAGAUUUUAUUUAUCAUGGUGGAGAUGGUUACGAUAUGUUGGACAAAUUAACGUGGGAGCCUAUUGGGGUUACAACAGAUCAAAUCCUUACCGAUUACAUAAAAAGACGGAGUCCAAUCCACGCAGGAGUUGAAUGGAGGAUAAGUUUCAUUAAACCAAGUGAAAACCUUAGUGGCAGUGCACACCGCAUCUACACGCAAAAAAUGUUGAUACUGCCAAUUGUAUUAAUUUUAUGGUUCUUUAGAUAAUUUCAGUAUUUUAAUAAAAAAAUACCACAUUUAAAAUUUUGACAUAAAA